UAGGGCAAUGGCGACGGUCGCGUUCUUGGCUGCCGCAUUGGUAUAAAUUUGCGAUCCACUACUGCGAAUCGCCAAGCGCGUCGCCAGUCCUUCCUCUUCUUCGAUCUUUCUCUUUGUCGGCGAUCUUCGAUCUUCCUUUGUCUCGUUGCUGUCCUAAAGGCGCGUGGAUUCGAUCUAUUUCUAGCAGCUCUCCCAGGGAUUCUUUCCUAUCACUCGCGGCGCCUCGAAGAUCAUGAUGAUGAAGCUGCCAAAGAUCUUGCGGCCCAAGCGAUCGUCGUCCGGCUUUGAUUCCUCCUCGUCGUCGCUUGGUAGUCCCUCUUCCGCCACUCCAUCUCCCAAAAUCUCUCCCAAAAUCUCCUCCAAGAAGCAAGCAUCUCCAUCCAGGAGUGAAAAUCUCCCCAAGAGCGCCGAAAUUUCUCUCGGAUCGUCGCCCAGGAGCGCUUCCUCCUCCCUCUCGCGUGGAAAUGUCAUCAAGGCGGAGCUAGAGGCUGUCUUCCGGCUCUUCGAUGCGAACGGCGAUGGGAGAAUCUCAGUGUCCGAGCUUGGCGCCGUGCUCAAGUGCCUGGCCAUGGGCAACGAUCCUCCCCCCACCGAGGAGGAGCUCCACAAGAUGGUCGAGGAGGUGGACGCCGACGGCGAUGGAUUCAUCAGCCUGGACGAGUUCCUCCACUUCCACGCGCAAUCCACCGCCAGCGUCGCGGAACUAAAGGCCGCGUUCUACGUCUUCGAUCUGGAUCGCAAUGGUUUCAUCUCCGCGGACGAGCUCCACAGGGUGUUGGUCGGUUUGGGCGAGGUGAAUCUCACCAUGGAGGAUUGUGGGCGGAUGAUCAGGGGCGUGGACUCGAAUGGCGAUGGCCGCGUCGAUUUCGAGGAGUUUAAGCUCAUGAUGGCCAGUGCAUGAUCAUCGAUCGAUCGUUCGCUCCUGCAGUGCCCAGUGAUCGAUCGCUCCCUCCUCUCUCAGUUUUUCCAAGUUCUUGGGCAAAUUUGUACAUAGCAAGGAAGAACAAAUCUCAGCCUCCAAAAAAUUUGUGAUGAAACACCCGUUUUGUUUGCUUCGCUUAGGCAGAAUCGUUAAAUUUUUUUUGUUUUCUAUACUCGAAGAAAGUAAUAUUGGUGGUAGCAUGGAAAUGCUUUUUAAAAUUCUUUCCUAUACUCGAAAAGUAAUAUUAAGCAAAAAUUCUUUC